AACAGACUUUCUUUUCUCCAUCUGGCUCACUGCUGGCCAAAAUUCUCGAAUAUUUUCAGCAGACGAGCCAGCGGCCGUUCUGCCUGCUCCAGAGAUCGGAAACAUCAGUGAAGACAACCUUAUUCACCGACAUAGAAGGCCCUUCCCCAGCCCUCCGUUGGCUAAUUUAAAACUUUUCCAGGGACAUAACCACCAGGAGCAUCCGCUUUCUGUAGAUUAGACAUUUCACAGGAGGUGACAAAGACAGACUCCGGGUGGAAAUAACCAAGAAUAUGGAAUCUCUUAAGGCUCCAUUGGCCUUUUUGAGCUUCAGAUUGGAAUUGUGCAGCAAGGCCUCUUAAAUCCUUUGCACCCGCCGCCAAUGCGGAGGAGAAAAGGAGGGUGUGUAGCAGUUUCAGAAGGAGCAUCCAAACCGACGGAUUAUAAUGGUCUAGAAAACCAGAUACGGUGCAGUGGUAUCCCAGCUAUGCUGCCGCAGCUGGAAGAGAGCAGAUAGCUUUUAAUUCCUGAGAAUUGCAUCACUUUUGUUGAAGACAUUCCAUUGUUGUUCCAUUGACCUUUCCCUCUACUGAGUCCUUUGGAUUUGAGUUAUGUCAACAGCUGCCUUAAUUACUUUGGUUAGAAGUGGUGGGAACCAGGUGAGGAGGAGAGUGUUGCUUAACUCCCGCCUGCUGCAGGACGACAGGCGAGUGAUCCCUAUAUGCUACAGCUCCACUUCAGAGCCCAGAUGUUCUCGGUUUGACCCAGAUGGUAGUGGGCGUCCAGCUACCUGGGAUAAAUUUGGGAUUUGGGACAACCGCAUCGAUGAGCCAAUUCUACUGCCUCCCAGCAUUAAAUAUGGCAAGCCAAUUCCCAAAAUCAGCUUGGAAAAUGUGGGCUCUGCCUCACAGAUUGGCAAACGGAAAGAGAAUGAAGACCGGUUUGACUUUUCUCAGCUAACAGAUGAGGUCCUGUACUUUGCAGUGUAUGAUGGACAUGGUGGACCUGCAGCUGCUGAUUUCUGUCAUACCCACAUGGAGAAAUGCAUCAUGGACUUGCUUCCUAAGGAGAAGAACUUGGAAACUGUGUUGACCUUGGCUUUUCUAGAAAUAGAUAAAGCCUUUUCCAGGCAUGCCAACCUCUCUGCUGAUGAUGAGUCUGAUGAACAAGUACUGAAAUACACUACAGGGAGGUCAGAGUGCAUCACAGAUAAGGAACUGAAACUCAAAGAGAGCUCUUUCUCUGCCCUCCCCUGUGUUGCAGCAACUCUUCUGACCUCUGGGACUACUGCAACAGUAGCCCUGUUGCGAGAUAGUAUUGAACUGGUUGUUGCCAGUGUUGGGGACAGCCGGGCAAUUUUGUGCCGGAAAGGAAAAGCCGUGAAGCUGACCAUUGACCAUACUCCGGAAAGAAAAGAUGAAAAAGAAAGAAUAAAGAAAUGUGGUGGUUUUGUAGCUUGGAAUAGUUUGGGACAGCCUCACGUAAAUGGCAGACUUGCAAUGACAAGAAGUCUUGGAGAUUUGGAUCUUAAAGCCAGUGGUGUGAUUGCAGAACCUGAAACAAAGAGGAUUAAGCUACAUCAUGCUGAUGACAGCUUCCUGGUCCUCACAACAGAUGGAAUUAACUUCAUGGUGAAUAGUCAAGAGAUUUGUGACUUUGUCAAUCAAUGUCAUGAUCCCAAUGAAGCAGCUCAUGCAGUAACUGAACAGGCAAUACAGUAUGGUACUGAAGAUAACAGUACUGCAGUGGUAGUACCUUUUGGUGCUUGGGGAAAAUACAAGAACUCUGAAAUCAACUUCUCAUUCAGCAGAAGCUUUGCCUCCAGUGGACGAUGGGCCUGAUCAUGUGAGGGGACUUUGAGUUUCUGUGCAAAUUUUUCACAUCAAGAAGCUGAUUAUGUCAAACAAGUCAUCAAUGCCAUAGUGACCCUGUGAUUUAAUAGAUUAGUAUACAAGUUGGUAUAAACUUAGCCAUUUACAUAGCCAUUUCUCAUCUGUCAUAUUUUAUGUAACUGUACAUAAAAAUAUAUGUAUAAUUCAGCUAUUGUGAGUCUCUUAGAUGAGCAAAUGAAAAGUAAUUUGAUACACUCACUUGCUGAGUGUUAAAUUUCAUUUUUAAAACUCUUAGGCAGCUAUGGUUUUUUUUCAGUCAUUUUUGCUCUUUAUUAAAUUGAACAGAUUUUUGUCUUCAAGCUCUUCAGAAUUAGUCAGUAUUUUGACAGCUACACAGUGUGUAUCUGCAAGUGUUUAUUUUUAAUAACUAAACCAAGGACUAAGUAUGAAAACGAGUUCUCUAUUACCUGAUUUUGUAUUCUGUAUUGCUUAUUUGUAAAUGUUACAACAGAAAAGAAGUUAAUUUGAGUAACAGAACACUACUAAAUUGUGAACAUAUUUACAAACAGUGCACUGUGUAUUUUGACUGUGUCACCAGGCUCAUCCUCUCUACCCCUUUUAUUCCCAUUUUCUGUAGCUAAGAGACUCUGUAGAUGUGACUAUUCCUUCAUAUUAAAAAAAAUGCACAACCUAAGAGUCUUUUAGUCAGUUAAAUACUAACAUUGUCAGAUGUUUUGUAUAAAGUUUCUAUUUGUUAUCUCUAACACUGUUUUGUGUUAUGUAUAUAGUAUAUUUAUGUCACUUUGUAUAGAGUAAGCAGAUUGGAUAAUUUGUUAGUCAAAUAACACUGUACUGAUGUUGCUACAGAUAGAGCUAUAGACUUAAGUCUCCUUUUUGCUCAUUUCUAAGACUCAUAAGAAAGACUAAAUCUAAAACAUCCAAAUUUCAGCUUGCUAUGUAAUUUAGGAGUAUAAAACUACUUCAUCUUAUCUGCAUGUACAUUGACUGUUAAAAUGUGAAUCUAUGAAUGUGUAUUUGGAAUUAUAUUUGCAAUUUAUUUCUGAAGAUAAUGUAAAUUUGUUACAUGUUGGAUGAUGUACAUAUGUAUAUUUUGGAGUAAUAGAAAUUUAAAGGGAACAAUAAUGCAUAGACCCUUCAACAGUUAGCUUAAAAUUGUCGAUAUGUUUAUCCCUAAGGAUUCUUGCCAAACUGAGAGUUGUUUUCUUAAAGUAGAGAAUGAAUGGUUAUUGGCAGAUGAGGAAGUAGAUUAAAAAUAACUCUUGGAAAUGUUUUAUGAUGGGUAACUUAUGUGGAAAACCCAGGAGUAGAACCGGCAUGUGAAGCUAUGUUGCUAUAGGCAAUAAUGCAUACUAAAAAUGUAGGAUAUGAGAAAAACAUUGGUUGUCAAGAACAUGGAAUUUUAUCAUAGAAACAAAAGGAAAAGAAACCAAAAAGAUAAAGUUGGUGUAGCAUAUGCCUUCAACUCUUACUUUUCAGGGUUGACUUUUGUUUUUACAUUUUAUUUAAAGGCUUAUUAGAAGAGGGACCGGUAUAAAUAUUCACAUCUUCUUGCCUUUUGGGGAGUGGAGGAAAAGACACCUUGAGUUUUCCUGCUUGUAUUAAUCAAGAAUUGUCCAUUGAAAAAAAAGUAAAUUAAUAUUUCAAUCUUUUUCAUGGAAGUUUGUUGAAAGAAAGAAAGUAACAUUACAAGAAAGAAUAUAGUCUCCUAUUUAUUGUCUGAGAAGUGAGAAACCGAAGGUAGGCUAAAGAAGCUGGAAAAUUUCCUUGCUGUUUGUGAGUUUAGUCUUGGAACAUUAGUAUGGAAACUACAUUGAGUAUAUGGAGAAUGUUUUAACAAGCAAGUGAAACUCUGAAGUACAAAAUGACAUUUUAAAGAUAUAAUUUCCUUUUUUGUUUUGAAUUGUUCACAUUAUUAUUCCUUUGUCUUCUACUUUAAAAACAAAGGGUGGAAGUGAUGUUGAGUUGUGAUGUCUGUCAUUGAUGUACUGAGAUGCAGUGCCAUGUUUGACAAAGAGGAAUUGUGUAGGGCAUGGAGAGUGUUGUAAGCCUUGGUCUGGGAUGGAGUUUGUUCUUUCUCACCUGUGAACUUUAAAACCCUAAACCACUCAAUUUUGAUGAAAGCAUAAAAUAUACUGGUGUUUGUUCUUCCAGCCAUAGAGGUAAAGUAUGAUAUGUAGAUUAUUAUAAUCCAAAAAAGGUCUAUUUACUGGGAAAUUUUGGAAUACACAAAUAGUAGUGAAGAAAAGGACUGUUCUAAAUAGUUUCUAAAUUGCAUCUCAAUUUGCCAAGUGUCUAUUACCAUGUGGUAUAGGUAUGGUAUAAAGUAUAUUAAUAUAAAUAAAUUUAAAUCAAUUGCAAUUAUGUCACCUUCACUUAUAUGUGGUAUAUAAAUCACUUUCUAAAAUGCAUUGCCAAACUUUGCCAACAUUGAUUCGGUAAGAAGUUCUUCAAAUCGUGACUUUUAGUAAGUGUAAGUCCCCAAGUCCCUUAUAUAUUCAAAAGUAAAUGCAAGCCUGUUCCCAUCAACUCUUCAUUUGUUACAGACUUUGUGCUUCACAGUCUCACAUAAUUAUCCAGGGAAGAAAGCUCCGACCCCUCCAGAACUUUUUUCCCUUUAUAAUGUGAGCUCUUAUCAAGUUCCAACAUAGAAAAAUAUUAUUUUGAAGAAUUAGCAUAUGAUCUAAAUAGUGUUUUAUCAAAGUGGAAUUUGAUUUUUUAGAAUCUUGGCAGGGAAUGGAUAGGCCUACGCUAGGCUAACUCUUCAAUGAUCAGAUAGGCCAGAGAAAACAUUUAGUUACCUUUCUAAAAUGAACAAGGAUUUAAUUUUGUGGUAAUAAUCAUAGUAAGAUGGGGUAGAGUGAGGAAUAGUUACAAGUUCAGCAUAAAACAGUUAAACAUGUAUUUUCCUUUAGCACCUCAAUUGUUAACAUACCCAGAUCUGUGAAAAUGGAUAAAAUUUUGGUGGAGUUACAUUUUAUUGUAUCUAUUAGAUUAACUUAUCUGGAUGGCUUCAGGAGAAAUGAAAGUUUUGUCUUUACAAACCAAAUAGUGAUGACCUGCCUAUUGCUUUGGGCAUCAGGAUUAAGAUUGGCUGGCUCUCUGGAAGCUCCCAUUAGUUGCUAUAUGGUUGAAAUGGUCCAUUGAUGUCAUACUGAGUGGUCUGGUUUUGAAAUCAUGGAGUUCUUUCACCUCCAAGAAUGGCUUAUUGGCCAUUGGAUUCCAGUACAGUUUAGUAGCUUGGUGUGUAUCAAGUUAAUCUCUACCAAAGUGCUCUUGUGUACAUGUGUUUUAUAAUUUGCCAAAGUACUACUUUGGUAUAUAGUACUUCCUGUAGUAAGCUGGUGUGAUUGCUGCUUUGACCAUUAUUUUAAAUAUAUAUAUUAGAAUAACUGUGAAUGGACUAUGAGGACCUAUCUCAGUGUUCAAAACAUCAUUUAAUAAAAUAUAUGAAUUAAACAAUUUAAAAUCCAUCUGUGUUUAUCUGGCAUUAAGUCUUUCCAACAUCAU